AGAUUGUCUCACUAAUUAACAAAUUGCUUCAAUUAUAACUUGUAGGUAUUCCUGUGGAGUGCCAUCUGGCUGUUCCACUUGGUGAUGUGCUGUGGUCACAAGAAACCGUUAUGAAUGAAGGCAUUCCCUUUGAGGAGGCCAUCCUUCUUCUACAAAAGAAGAUGUUUCCAGAAGGCUGUUGAGCCAUGCACUUCAGUUGAAGGAAAAGAUGAGGAAGCAACAGAGUGCUUGAAGUCAAUUAUGGCCAUUUACCUGUUUAGACAUGAGAUCAAGUUUCAAGCAGAAAAAGGAAUUGAGUUCAGAAACAGCCUGGUUGUACCUGAGGUUGAUGCUGACACCUAGGAGAAACUUCACCAGCAGGAGGACCAUAACCAUUUGCUCAAAAGAAUUGUUGGCUGUUUCAGAGAAGGGUCAAUUCCUGGAUUCCAAGUUAAAUUUCUAAGGGAUGCCCUCCAUGAUCCAGAUACUGGCUUGACAUAUGAGGCACUAACAGACAAAAACAAACAGUCUGUUCAUGAUUGUGAGCGGUUAAUAACCAAAGGGGUGAUCAGCUUUAUGGAGAAUUGUCAUCAUGCUGAGGCAAAGAUACUUUCCAUCAUUUAUAGCUGGUACAAGGCGGUUGAUGGACGUGGUCUCAGUGAGGAAACCCAGGCACAGUAUUGCAAAGAUAUGAUGGCAUGGCUGCUUAAAGACUGGAUGUCAUAUCUGGAUCAGCAUCAUGACUACUCCACUAUUGACAUGAACAGAUUUUGCAGGCCAAUCAAGGGAAUAUGUGGUAUGACCAGAGAGAUCAUUGUUGGUUUAGUAGCUAAUCUGGAAACACACCAGCAAGGUAGAGAGGAAUACACCAAGAGAGAUUUGCCCCUUGAACACCCAAGGGCUUCCUCAACAGAUGAUGUUGAAGGGAUAAUUGCCCUUUUUCAUGAGGUGAUUGAUGUCGUUUUUGACACGAAGGAAUUUUAUGAUGAAUUCUCCAAAAUAAUGAACGAGUUUUCCAAGAAGAGUGACCCCAGUUUGUCUUUUUAUUAUUUGACUGGAACCCAGACACAUUAUAGGGACUUUCCAUUGUCAUCCUUCAAUGAGCCAUCCAAAGAGGCGGUAGAACGCCUUGACAGAGUGACUCUGUCUAGAUGAUGGGACCCUGGAGUGUUUGUAGCUCACAGAGCUUCACUGCCUCAGAAAAACCAACUAACUGUGACACUGAGGGCCAAUUUUCAUCAAGCACCUGUGCCUCUCCCACUUGCUGAGUUUGAUUGGCCAUCAUAAGAAGGAAUAAGUAGUAUUUUUAAUGCAUUUACCCAUGGUAGAUAUGAACCCUGGCUCGCAAGUUGAAAAUAAACAUUUUAUUGAAGAAGCAAUUUUUGAUAUAAAUAACUGCGGUAGCAGAAUAGCCUUUUGCUGCACUUUCUGGUGUAAACACUGUUCUGUGAGUAAAUGCCAAGUUUACAAGUUCAAGUUUCAGAGUGGUUAGAAUAAGUGGGGUUCUACUGUACACAUGAAAUAAAGAACUAUAGUAAGCUGAAUUUUUUGUUUUUGCUAUGUGAUUUCGUUGCAGUCCUUAUAUUCUUACAUUAUUUUAAUGUACAUGUCAACAAUAACCAUUUUUGUGGUGUUUGACAAAACGGAGGUCGUACAGAAUGGCUGUCCAUUUUUUACAUUACGACAACUUUAAUAUAGGAAUCUCUCUUAGUCUAGAGUAUAACUGUCACAAAGCUAUUCACUGAACUUUCUUGGCAGCUCUGAUCGCUUCAGGGUCCCAUUCUCCCUUCCUGGUUAGGUUAAUAGUGAUAUAAAACCUACUUUCAGAUAACUAGUUCUAAAUUUUAUAUGCUUUACAGUGACUUCAAAAUCCAAGCCAUCAGACCACACUGCAUGUAGAUAUUUGGCUAGUGUGGCAGCAAUAUAACCAACCUUACACCAAUCAUCAUUAUACUUAAUUGACAGCAAUAAUUGCUUUGUUGUCAUGAGCAUUUUCAGGCUCUGGAAACAGUUUGGAAUAAACAAUUUCUUUUGCAAUGUACAAAUGAUCAUAGGCCGCCUCUAAAUGAUCCUGUGCUUCUUUGGAGUAGGCCACACCCAUAACUUUGAAAGGUAGAGUAUGUGUUGCAUUAGAGUGUUAAUAUAUAUUUGAAUUAAAUCCAACUGUUUUGGGUCAUUGCGUUCAGGACUUGUGGUAUCUUUAAUUUCUUGGUGAUUUCAUAUCACAAAAUAAUUUUUACUACGUACGGAUUCGCGUAAGCCAACGUUGCAGGAGUAAAUGGGGAGGGGGUAGGGACCAGGCUGCAAAAAACGCGAAGAAGAAGGGGAUGGUACAGCACCCUAUCCCAAUAAAGAAGCCCGUUCCCAUUAAGCAGCCCAGUUUAAUUUCCUCAGAGACAAUCUCAGAUAGUGCAGAGUGUAAUUUACGGCUCUGAUGCAGUAGUCACACAGGUCCUCACCACUG